UGGAUAUUUUGACAUAUGUGGUCUGGAAGAUAAGUGGCUUACCUGCAACUCGUGUAAUUGGAAGUGGUUGUAAUCUAGACUCUGCCCGUUUCCGUUACCUAAUUGGAGAGAAGUUGGGUGUCCAUCCCACAAGCUGCCAUGGUUGGAUUAUUGGAGAACAUGGUGAUUCUAGUGUGCCCUUAUGGAGUGGGGUGAAUGUUGCUGGUGUUGCUCUGAAGACACUGGACCCUAAAUUAGGAACUGAUUCAGACAAGGAACAGUGGAAAAAUGUCCACAAACAAGUUGUUGAAAGUGCCUAUGAGAUUAUCAAGCUGAAGGGGUAUACUUCUUGGGCAAUUGGACUGUCUGUGACUGAUCUAGUAGGAUCAAUUUUGAAAAAUCUUCGGAGAGUGCAUCCAGUUUCCACUAUUGUUAAGGGCUUAUACGGAAUAAAAGAAGAAAUAUUUCUAAGUAUUCCUUGUGUCUUGGGGCGGAAUGGUGUCUCUGAUAUUGUGAAAAUUAACUUGAAUUCGGAGGAAGAGGCUCUUUUCAAGAAGAGUGCAGAUACACUUUGGAAUGUCCAAAAAGACCUAAUCUUUUAAUGCCUUUUAGUAUUCCAUUGUUUUAUAGGACAGAAGAUACAAGAGAUUGUGACUGUAUAUUUUACAUUUUGAAAGUAUUUUCACCUGAUCUGUAAAAAAAAAAAGGAGACCUAUGA